CAACUCAUUUACCCUCUAACUUUAUUUCCAUUUUCUACUUAUGCAUAUCAUCUGCUUCUCAAAUGAAAUCCCUCUUUUUUUCUUACAAUUUUUUUGAGCCUUCAUAGGAAAAAAAAAAAAAAAAAACCCACAAUUUCAGCCUAGCUAGUUGUAAAGACCUUAUCAGCUUCAUAAAAAUUUGUUCGUAUUUUCAGGGAUAUUGAGUUUUAAAAUCUUAGGAGUGCAAUGGCUAGGGAUCAGCAGUAUCAGCUUUGAGGUGAAGAGAAGCAGGCAACAACAGAUUAGAUGAACAGAAUAGCAAUCAGAUUUUGAGUACUACAAGAAACGCUGUAACGGACCCGUGCAGGAGCAUCAGAAUCGUCAGACCGACCCAACUAUUCUUUCACCUUUUACUACGAGAAGCACUCUCUAAGGGCCAAGAAUCUUGUACGAACAGUAAAUACCUAGGCGUAAAUACCUAGCAAGGAGAAGAAUUUUUAGCACGGACCACAGAGUAUGCAAGAAAAAGAGGGAAUAUGGAAAUGAAGGGCUCCGGAGGAGAGAUAGUUCAAGUACAAGGAGGGCACAUUGUUAGAUCCACAGGACGGAAAGACCGACACAGCAAGGUCUACACUGCAAAAGGUCCAAGAGAUCGCCGUGUACGACUAUCGGCUCAUACCGCAAUCCAAUUUUAUGAUGUUCAAGACAGGUUAGGGUACGAUAGACCCAGCAAAGCAGUGGAUUGGCUUAUCAAGAAAGCCAAGUCUGCCAUUGACAAGCUCGCGGAGCUUCCUCCAUGGGACCCGAAUGUCAGCACCAGCGCUACUGUCGAUGCUGAGCCUGACGGAGGUACGGGUAAGGUGACUGUUGCAGAGCAGUCAGAUUCGUCUGGAUACAAUUACCAGCUUCAGAGGCAGCAAUUGGAUCAUAACCAGAGCAAUGAAUUUGUUGCAGGACAAAUUGACGAAACCGAUAUGGCUAUGGCUGAUUCCAUGAAAUCUUUCUUCCCAACGAGCACUGCUGGUAUGACUAUCAAUUUCCAAAACUAUCCACCAGAGAUAAUCUCAAGAACUGCAAACCCUAGUGAAGAUCUUGGUCUAUCUCUUCAUUCGUUUCAAGACCCGCGUCUGAUUCAAGGGGAGUCACAGGGAGAUACAAGCCAUUCACCUUCAAACAGUCAGACCCUUUUUUCUGGGUCCGCUCUGGUGGGGUUAGAGGCCAAUUUUCAGAGAAUGGUAGGUGCUGGGUUUAUGUUAAACCCACCUCCAUUUUCGCAGCAACAAGCAGUGUUAGGACAGGGCUCUGGUUUUUCACUGAGGGGGCCCCUUCAGUCCAGUUUUGUGGAAUCUUUGCGUGCUUGGAAUGAUCUUCCUAUUGCAUCCACGGAACAUCACAAAACGCACGAAAUUCACCAGGCAUCCACCUUCGGUGGCCGGUUUGCUACCGAUGCGAUGCCAGGGUUCAGCGCUCUGGCUCGAAUUCAUGGUGAGGACAAGCAUGAUGCUGCUUCGGAUAGGCCAUCCUCUUCUUCCCCCAAUCUUCACAACUGAUACGAGGACUCGUAUUCUUUCUCUUCGAUAAGAAAAUGGGAAUGACAAAUGAUAUUAAAUUGACGAGAAGAAGAGAUUCCAGCGGAUUUAAAGAACAAAGAUCAAAUCUGGUUGGUUUCAAGCAAAUUUUUUCCUUUUUGGGUUUCCAUUUUAUGGUCAUUUGCCAUUUGAAGCUUUAUUGUUUAGUAGGUGGCUUUUCAUUACUCGACUUUUUGUUCAAAUAUUAUUAUUAUCAUGCUAUUCUAGACUUAUUAUUUUUU